UCGAAACCAUUCGUGAGUAUCUAUAAAUUAGACGAUAUAGCCUCUCUGCAUAUUGUCUUCAAAGCUCUCAUAGUACACAUUGAUACCUUCCUCGUUUUCCCCUAAGCCUUAUUGUGUGUGUUCACCAUUAAUGGACCUCGCUCACGUAUGCUUCUUCAUAUGGAUUUUAGCCAUUCUCACCUUUUAUCAACACCCCAUCAAUGUAAAUGCAAGGUACCAUUACCACAAGAAGCAACAAAAAACCAAAGGGUCUCCUUUUAUUGAUGAAGCACCAGCACCGGCACCAGCACUUGUUCCUUCAACACCUGCUGACCCUCCAUCCAUUCCCUCGGACCCAUACCCGACCGAUCCCGGCGAUACAUUGGACUGCAUUUUCGAUGUGACCGCAUAUGGUGCGGUCGGCGAUGGUUCUUCAGACGAUACGGUGGCGUUUAGGGAAGCAUGGAAAGCUGCUUGUAGUGUUGAAUCAGCCACCAUUUUGGUACCAUCUGAUAAAAGUUUCACCAUCACUUCUACUAUCUUCUCAGGGCCAUGCAAACCUGGACUUGUGCUACAAGUUAAUGGGGUCCUAAUGCCACCAAAGGGACCAGAUUGUUGGCCAAAAGCUGAUAGUCGCAAGCAAUGGCUGGUGUUUUAUAGGCUUGAUGAUAUGAAGCUUACUGGUAAUGGAACCAUUGAAGGAAAUGGACAUAAGUGGUGGGAACUCCCUUGCAAACCUCACAAGGGUCCAAAAGGUUCGUCUCUGCCAGGACCAUGUGAAAGCCCUGCUAUGAUUAGGUUCUUCAUGAGCUCCAAUAUAGUAGUAAGUGGCCUAAGGAUCCAAAACAGCCCUCAAUUUCAUAUGAAAUUUGAUGGGUGUGAAGGAGUUUUGAUUGAAGAACUGUCCAUUUCUACCCCUAAACUUAGCCCUAACACUGAUGGGAUCCACAUUGAGAACACAAAAUCUGUUGGAAUUUACAAUUCAAUGAUUAGCAAUGGUGAUGAUUGCAUUUCAAUUGGUCCUGGAUGUUCUAAUGUAGACAUUAAUGGUGUAACUUGCGGGCCAAGUCACGGGAUCAGCAUUGGGAGCCUCGGAGUGCAUAAUUCACAAGCAUGUGUUUCGAACAUAACCGUACGUAACGCGGUGAUAAGAGAAUCAGAUAACGGGGUUAGGAUCAAGACAUGGCAAGGUGGGACAGGGUCGGUAUCGGGCAUAUCGUUCGAGAACAUCCAGAUGGAGAACGUUAGGAACUGCAUCAUCGUUGACCAGUACUAUUGUUUGUCGAAGGAAUGCUUGAACCAAACCUCAGCCGUUUACGUCACUGAUAUUCGAUAUAAGAACAUCAAAGGCACUUAUGACGUAAGGAACCCCCCGAUCCAUUUCGCGUGUAGCGACACUGUGGCUUGUACGAACAUAACGAUGGCAGAAGUCGAGCUUUUGCCACAAGAAGGAGAAUUGGUGGAUGAUCCAUUUUGUUGGAAUGCUUAUGGCAUUGAAGAGACCUUAACUAUACCUCCUAUUGGUUGCUUGCAGGAAGGGAUGCCCCAAGCAAUAACAGAGACCUCUCAGUAUAGUUGCUGAUAUCGAUAUAAGUAGAUUUAGUUUCAUUAUAUAUACAUACAUAUAUAGAUUACUAUCAUAUACAAGAUAUAGUAUUGUUACUUUAGCCUUUAGGUUUCAUCCUUAUGAGGGUUUAUUUUCCUUCAUUGUGUGAUGAGAUAUGUACUACUACUAGUGUAGUACAGUAGCAAUGCCCAAAUGGGAUUUAUAUUUUGCUGGCCCUUGGGGUGUUAUGCUUUGGGUUUGUUUUACAUUAUUUAUAUAUAUAUAUAUAUAUAUUGUAGACUUUUAAUAUCAAAUAUAAUCCAUUUUGUUGUUUUCUGAAUGCCACAAGUAGAUUUAAGUUGUUGUGAUA